CCCGGGAAACGAGAGAAUCGGAAAAUCGCGAUCUGCGAAGAAGAGGAAGGAUCUCCCGCCAUGAGGAACGACCCCGUCGUCGAGUCGCGGAAACGCAAACGCGAGGAAUACGAGAUGCAGCUGUUCGGCUUUCAUUCCCGAGCCGUUUACGCGACUCUCAAGAAUAUAGUAAUGGAAAAUAUAGAGUCUAAAAGCAGAAAAUUAUUUCAAACUCUGAAAAAACAUGAGUUAUAUUCUGAAAAUCUUGACACCCUAAAUAUGAACGAAGAGCAACUUGUAAAAGCAUAUUAUGCAGCUUCCUUACCUCAUUUGCAGAACAUAAAGGAUAUUGUAAACAAAUUCAUUAUUGUGCCUAACCAUGUUUUGGCAGAUGAAGAUAAACUUCAAAGAACAAAAUAUACAAUAGAGUUUGUAAAUAUGCGCAACAAAUUGGAGGAAUUUCAACAAAGAGCAAAGCGGGCAACUGUAUUGAAUGCAGCAUUGAAAGAGGAAUUACAGCUCACAGAGCAAUAUUUGAUCCAUGCAGACAAUAAUGACAAGCUGAGUCGAAUCAUUGAAAAUGGUAUUACCGAAAUUAAAACGGCGCAUCCGAAUGCCAAGAACAAAAUUCAUCAAUUGAUUAAGAAUUAUAGACAAUUCAAAACCUCGUAUUUCAAUGACGAAUUGCCUGUAACGCAAAAAUCGCUUUACAAUAUGGUUGAUGAUCUCAAAUGUAUAGAUUAUGAUAUGAAUACCUUAUGAUUAUAGAGAAGAAAUUUUUGUGUCCCUUUGGAUACUUUAUUGCUGAGAUUGUUGUCUUUCUAUAAUUAUAUAAAUAUGUAAAUAAAUG